AUGUCUGUACCUGCAGACCUGCGGGUCUUGUGCCGAAAGCUGGUAGCAACAACACCUGGAGACUUGCCGGCCUUAUGUCCUAUUCUUGUAAACCACAUCCUCAGAUGUGGCAGUCCGCUGUCGGCCUCGGCCGAGCAGCACAACAAGAGCAGUUCCAGUGAGGCCUCUGUGCUCGUUCACAAGCUGAAGACCCAAGUCAAUGCCCUCCUUCAUGGGAAGAACGCUCAUGGGCGCUUUGCUGGCAUGGUCCUGGCCAAGGCCAUCAUAGACGUUGGCGGUUGGGAAUGCUUACGAACAUCCGAGAACUGGGUUCGCGGCCUAUUGUCCAUUCUGCAGAGACCUGAUCCGUUUGCCUCCAAAGAGUUGUGUGUGGUAGUCCUGGCAAGGAUCUACACGUUGCUUCAGGAGUUCCCAACGCUGGUCCGCGAGAUUGCCACCCCCACUGUCCCGUCGUUCGCAACGGCCUGUCUGCAGCUGCUGCGGCCAGCAGCUCCCGGGAAGCCUCCCAAGGCUCCUGCGAGCGUGAUCGAGGCCGUGACCCGCGCGCUGGCCGCCCUGAUUCCUCACUAUCCGACGACACUGCGGCCGUUCAGCGUGCAGAUCCGAAAUGCCGUCCGCGCCUACGUGGCACCGACUGCCUCGGACAGCAUGGUCGUCCCGCCCUCCCUCAGGCAGAGUUCUCGUCGUCUGCUGGUCCUCCUGCACUAUACGGCUCCGAAGAACAACCACGCGGACGAGUGGUCCAAGCUGCUGAACGGCCUCAUCCAGGACGUUCAUGUCACGGCCGACCAGGUUUUCCGGGCGGUGCGGGAAUCGACAGAUCCGGGCUCGGAAUACAUGCCUGGCGAGGUGUCGUACGAAGGACUGCCAGAGGGUGGAAGCGACCUCUCCGACGACUUUCCUAGCUGGACGGGACUGCAGAGCGGCGCCGAGCGGCUGGCCGGCCUCCUGGACUCGAUCACAGAGGUCUUUCGCUGCCCCACCAAGGCUUCCGUUGCCGUGCCGCUGGGGAGAAUCUCGAGCCUUGUCUCCCGCAUGUCGCUGGUCCUGCCUCCUGCUCCGGGCAGCAAUGAGCGGGACCAUUCGUCGCUGAUCAAUCCGAGCAUCGGAAGGGACGAGAGGGACGAGCUCUGGAGUGCCCUGCCAGAGAUACACGUUGCGGCCGUGGGCCUGCUACAGAGCGUGGCCAGGAGGAUGGGUGCUCAUGCCGUGCCUCUGGCGCCAGAAAUGCUGGAGGAUGCCGUGCGCAUGUUUUCUUCCGAUCACCACGUCCCGCUGAUGCGGCAGGUGACUUUUUCACUGGUUCAGAGUCUUCUGCCGUCGGUUGGCCCUUCCAUGUCCCGGGCUACUGUGGGCUCUCUGGGCGUCGUCGUGCACGCUUGCUGCCAGGACAUUUUGGAGGCCUCGGGAUUCGCGCAGCGGCAGGAAAAGAAGGACGUCGCUCCGGUUAAGAACGCCGUCAACAUACCAAAGAAUAAGCUGGCAACCGCCAACGCCGACCUCUUCUUGAACCCUAGCCAGGCCACCACCUCGUCGACCGCAGCCGCUUCCACAUCCGAGUUGGAGGCGGCUCACCUGCGCGCGGCCCAGGACCUCCUGUCUUCCCUCCUGGCCCAUCUUCCCCAGCAGCACGUCAGAAAGGCGGACCGGGCGCUCCUUGACCGCACCGCCAUCCUCAGUGCCAACAAGGAGGCCAUGCUGUCUAGCGUGUUGCAUCCCUACGUCGACCGCAGCGGCCGGUACUUUGCCAACACCAUCCCAUUCCUUGCACGUGCUUUUCCAAACGAUUUGGACUUGGAGGUCCUGCGAAGCAACCUGCGAACGGCACCCCACUACUUUGGCGACAUCUUUGCGAUGGCAGCUCCGGGCACUGUCAAGGACGAGGAGGACGGCGACAGUGACGAGGAAGUCGACGACGAGAGAGGACUGCUGUCCGGCCUGGAUGCAGCCAUCAUGAACGGAGAAGAGGACGUGCUGAUGGGUAACGGUGAGGACGGCCCGAUGCCCGCGCCCUUAGACGGCGCCGGUGGCUUUGGCCUCCAGACUGCCUUUGCAGAACGGAGCAAGCCGGCCGACGAGGCAGCUGUCCAGCCGGCGACAGCUGUAUUUGAGCCGCUGACGCUCAAGCGGAAGAUUGAACAAGACGAGAAUCUAGCCAGCACACCAAAGAGACCAGACACGAAGCAGACGACCCUGGACGCCGUCAACGACGGCAGCGACGCUGGUGACGAUGACCAAGACAACGACAGCGAUGGCAGCGUCCAGCUGGACAUGGUUUUUGACGGCGAAGAUGACGAGGAGAGCGGGAAUGAGUAG